AAGAGUAGUUUAUUGGCUUGCAUUACAAUAGGCUUUCUUAAACAUCGCCUAUGGCUUCUCAAAUGCGCCUGUUCUUCACUCCUUUAUACGUUUUUAGCUUUUCCUUUUUGUUCUUUGCCAGCUCCCUCCCCUUCUCUUUCUCUGUCCAGGAUCUUUUCAGGGGUUACCUACCAGGCCACCUGGGACAGCCAGGUCAGCCUUCAGGGCAGUGUUUCAAUCUUGCUGCAGCCAGAAUCAUCUCUCCUGAGGAGUCAUUGCUGCUGGAACUCUCUCUCUUCGCUGUUGGAUGGAGACACUUUACUGGCUUAUCCUAUCACAUAGGACAGUAUGCACCUUAAGAUCCUCAAGAAAAGGCACAAAAUAUUCAAGUGAUGUCUAGUGAUAACUUGUGAGGGAACCAUGCCAUCCUCAGGGCACCGGCUGCGGGAUGUCGAGCACCACCCUUUGCUGAGCGAGAAUGACAGCUAUGACUCCGCGGCCUCCUCUCCCGCCGAGGCUGACGCGGCCGACAGGGUGUGGUUCAUCCGCGACGGCUGCGGCAUGAUCUGCGCCGUGCUGACCUGGCUGCUGGUCGUGUACGCGGACUUCGUGGUCACGUUCGUCAUGCUGCUGCCCUCCAAGGACUUCUGGUACUCCGUGGUCAACGGGGUGGUCUUCAACUGCCUGGCAGUGCUCGCCCUGUCGUCUCACCUGCGGACCAUGCUCACCGACCCUGGGGCAGUACCCAAAGGAAACGCUACUAAAGAGUACAUGGAGAGCCUGCAGCUGAAGCCCGGAGAAGUGAUCUACAAGUGCCCCAAGUGCUGCUGCAUCAAGCCUGAGCGCGCCCACCACUGCAGCAUUUGCAAAAGAUGCAUUCGGAAAAUGGACCAUCACUGCCCAUGGGUGAACAACUGUGUCGGAGAGAAGAAUCAGAGAUUUUUUGUGCUCUUCACUAUGUACAUCGCUCUGGCAUCCGUGCACGCGCUGGUCCUCUGUGGGCUGCAGUUCAUCGCCUGUGUCCGAGGACAGUGGACAGAGUGCAGUGACUUCUCCCCUCCGGUCACUGUCAUCCUGUUAAUCUUCCUGUGCCUUGAGGGUCUGCUGUUUUUCACUUUCACCGCGGUGAUGUUCGGCACCCAGAUCCACUCCAUAUGCAAUGACGAGACGGAGAUCGAGAGGCUGAAGAGUGAGAAGCCGACGUGGGAGCGGCGGCUGCGGUGGGAAGGGAUGAAGUCCGUCUUUGGAGGCCCCCCCUCGCUGCUCUGGAUGAACCCCUUCGUCGGCUUCAGAUUCAGGCGAUUGCAGACGAGACCCAGGAAAGGGGCCCCAGAGUUCUCAGUGUGAGGCCCUCUCGUCACUCCAGAACUUGUCCAUGGACUUAAAUUAUCUGGGGUUGGAAAAGGUAUCAACAGCUCCUCUGUGACCCCAAGGGUGAGUGGAUCAGGGGCCCGCAGUGAGCAGGGCUUCACAUGUUCAUGGUCACAGACGGCAGGGUUCCCCCACGAGUGACGUCACUGUCCAGUAAUGAAGGGAUGUGGCCGCACGGAGAAGCCAGAUGUCAUUCCCUCCCUGCACAGUCAGGAGUCUGUUAACACGCUCAGCGUUUUGUAGGAAGCUGUGUGGGCUGUUACAUGGGUUGUUAGAAUCCUAUGUGCCGAGCUGCUUUCCUCAAUCAUGAAGAAAACCAGUCCAGUGGACAGGAACGCCACGGUCGGUGGCCCUGGGACUCUUCAGGCCCCCUCAGUCCAGGAGGGGUCUGGACACAGGAGCCCGUGGGGGCUACGGGAGCAGCAGGGCUGUACGUUGCUCCUGGCCUGGGGCCAGUGGGCCCUGACCCCAUGAGCAAGUCCUCGCGUGUCAGUGUGUGUGCGUGCACGUGUGUUUUAAAGUGGGCCAUGUUGUUCAGGCAACGUGUCAUGGGGGUGUGCUGCAAACAAGCUAUUUUUUAGAAACCAAUGUUUCAGGGAAGAGGGGCAAGCUGUGCGGGGUCCCCUCCCAUGGGGUUUACAUGAAUGUAUUGCAUACUGGAGAGUAUCGAGAUCCAAAGAACAGUCACUCCUGUGUGGUCCUCUGUUGCCCUCCCUCCUGUUUUCAGUUUAUUUGAACAAUCUGGAGUGCCUGACAGGGCUUUGGAACCGCAAUGUGGUUCCGGCCAGAGCAGCGUGAACCGGCCCCUCUGUGGCCCCGGGCUUGCACGGCUGACCCUGCAGGAGGCAGGUGAGGCCCUGAGAAGGGGAAGGGACCUGGAGGCAGGAGCCCUGUGGACCUGGUUUGCAGACAGUAUUCAGGAUGGCAACAACUGGUUUGAUUUUUUAAAUUCUUACUUUUUUGGGGUAUCAUUUUGUUUGUUUCUCUACCUACAUCACAAGUGAUAAAAUAGGACCCUUGGUGCAGAGUUUAAAGUUAUGCCAGAAAGCAAACAGCUCCCCGCCCUGGGGAUUCGCCUUAAACUUGCCUGGUCUGUCCAUGUUUUACGGGAUUCCACCAUCUCUGACACAGUCUGGGGUCCCGAGCCCCGUUCCACGCUGAGAAGAGUGGGCAUCUCCUGCCUGGUCUCCACGCCUCUCUGCUCACCCAUGAGCCAUUUUGCUUUUGUUUGAAUUAACCCAUCCUCUAUCCUGACUGGGGCUUCACCAUUCCUGAUCCAGGCUGACAGCAGAUGUAGCCAAGGGAAACAGGCUGCAGGGCAGAGGUGAGGGGGCUCAGUCACUGCAGAAAAGGGGGUGGGGGUGGGGUGAGUCACAGCCGAGGACAAACAGGAGACAGGAGUUCCCGAGGUUGUUCUGCACACUCAUUUGCACAUCCGUCACUGGGGUUGGAUGUGUGUACUGAGCUUCAGUGUGAGGCUUUUAAUAUGUAUAUCCUGGUUAUCAAUAAAAAUUAUCGAAGUGGUUGAAUCCUGUGAGACUUGGCAAAUAUGUGCAAAUCAAGUAUACUUGACUUUUCAACCUCUUCUUUCAAUGUAACUUUUGUAAGAAAUAAAGUCACCAACUGACAUUGUCCAGCA